AUGGGCGGCUUCCGUGCAGUCGAGGACCGGCCUACCCCGCCAGAGGUCUACAAUUGGCGGCUGUACACCGAGGCGGCGGUGAUUGCUACCGGAUCAUUACUAUUCGGCUAUGAUUCCGCCUUUUUGGGCACGACAAUCGACCGGGCGAGUUUCGAACGCGACUUUGGCAUCACGACGGCCACGGCAUCGAGUAUCUCGAGUAACAUCACCUCUGCCUUCCAGGCGGUCACUGAGAAAGUCGGCCGCAAGUGGGCGUUGCAGAUCAACGUGGGUGUUUUCCUGAUUGGCGCCCUUCUCAUGACGGUAGCCACCAACCAGUUAUCGAUGAUAUACGCAGGAAGAGUCCUCAGUGGCCUGGGCUGCGGUGCCAUCACCGCCACCGUCCCCAGCUACAUCGCCGAACUGUCGAUCCCCUCCAUCCGCGGCAUCUUGACCGGUCUCUUCGAAGUGACGUACCAGAUCGGCUCCCUGGUGGGAUUCUGGAUCAACUACGGCAUCACGCAGAACAUCUCCUCCGAAGUCGACGCCAGCUGGCGCAUCCCGAUGGCCGUGCAGCUUAUUCCCGGUGGACUCUUGUUUCUGGGGGGAUUCUGGCUGCACGAAUCUCCGCUCUGGCUCAUGCGUAAGGACCGUCAGAAGGACGCCUGUCGUGUGCUUCAGGAUCUGCGUCGUCUACCGGUCGACCAUCCCUACAUGCAGCAGGAGCUGAACAUGAUCCAGUCCCGGCUCGACGAGGAGGCUGCCAUUGCGGACGCGUAUGGCUCCAGGGGAUGGUGGGCGUACAUGCGUGGCGCGAUUCAUGAGUUCUCGCGCCCGGGCAUGCGCAAUCGUAUUGUUCUCGUUGUGUGUGCGUUCACACUGAAUAACAUGUCUGGUGCGGCCGCCAUCAACUAUUACUCGCCCACUUUGUUCAAGUCAUUGGGCAUCUCCAAUGUCAAUCUCUAUACAGGCAUCUACGGGACUGUCAAGGCCGUCGCAAGUAUCAUCUAUUACGUCUUUCUCAUCGACGUCGUCGGUCGUCGAAACCCCGUUCUCGUCUCGUCACUCGUCUGCUCGCUGUGUCUGUGGUAUGUCGGCGCAUACGUCAAAGUAGGACAUCCUGCCACCGUCAUUGACGCUGGCGAUUCUCUUUCUCCUUCCACGGCGGCGGGGGGGAAAGCGGCGACUGCCAUGAUUAUGAUCUACGCUAUUUUCUGGUCGUUCGGUCUCAAUGGUAUCCCGUGGAUUGUCUCUGCUGAGAUCUUCCCUGGUGCGUUGAGGAAUUUAUCAGGGACAUUCGCUGCUCUGGUUCAAUGGGUCAUGCAAUUCACCAUCACCAAGGCGCUGCCGUAUAUCUUCGCAUCCUGUGGAUACGGCACCUGGUUCUUCUUCGCGACGUGGAUGUUUCUGGCCACCAUCUGGACGUAUUUCUGGCUACCAGAGACCAAGGGCUUGACCAUUGACCAGAUUGAUGUUAUUUUUGGAUAUGCACACGAUAGACCAGUACAAGCGGAGGAAAAGGAGUCCACAUCUGAGCAUGAAGAAGCUGCCUGA